UACGCAUUUUAAAAAUAAAGAAAUGUUUUAUUUUCAAGUAAUUUAGAAGAAAGAGUCUUAAAAGACAUUAAAUGACAAGCGGUAAAAAACAUUCAAAUAUCGAAUUUAACAGUUACUAUUAAGUCGUAAGAUGUGUAACGAGAAUUGUAAUCAAGUUUGUGUUAAGAAGCUUUUAAAAUGUAGAAAAUAAAAUAAAACCCGUCAGAACUUUUUUAAUGUGAACUAUUUUUUUUUUUGUCAAAGCAGAUUAGGAUGCUCCUACUAAGUUAUUUAUUUAUAAGGCAUGACUAAUUUAAAAAAAUACUCAAGAUUCGGUUUUAAAAAUAACAGUUGUUUUCACGUCAUGAAUAAUAGAGUAAAAAUAUUGUUUCAUUGAAAAAAGCGUAGUACAGAGAUUGAGUAUGUGCGGAAAUUUUGCUAAUUUAGUAUUUUUAAUAUGAAGCUUAGAGAUGGGAAAGAUUACAAUGAUACAAGUGUUUAUACUGAAGUAGAUAGUAAGCCUGAUUUUCUUCUAUGUAACUUUCAUAAAGAUUCUCAGUCGAAAGUAUCGUUAUCGUUUUUGGACCAUCAAAAAAAACAAAGUUUUUCUGAUCAAAGAAUUUCUCAUAAAAAUAUUCGCGACUUUAAAGAACUUUCACACAAGCAUGUUAAAACCUACAACGAUGAGUUUAAAAAUUUGCUUGUACAAAAGUCUGUCGAGACGUUUAGUAUAACUCAGACAAACAAGAUCUCUGAAGAUUUUUCUAAUCUUGUUGAUGGCAAUGAAGAUAAAACAGUUUUUACAUCAACUCCUUUACAUUCAAAAUUUAACUGUUCAAAUAGAAUUAAAAAGCUGAGCAUACAGUCAAAUAUUGCGUCUGUAGAUUAUAAUUAUGGAUAUUUCCAAGCUUUAAAUUUUAAAACUAAAAAUAAAUGUGAAGAGAAUAGUUUAGAAGACUAUGUUUUUCAUGAUAUUUCACCAACAAAAAUAUCUAGUUUCUCAAUAAAUAAAACUGAAAAAUUGAAUUCAGAUUCAUCACAUAAAUCUAGUGGUUAUAUGACAUAUGGAAACGAGUCACUAAAAGAAAAUUGUGACAUUGAUUUUGACCAUUCUUUUAACCAUGUUCAGCGAAGUUAUUUUAGACAGAGGCGAAGGGAGUGGUAUUUAAAUAGAUACAAAAAUGUUUGUAAUACAUAUACUCCACACUUCUAUGCAUUCUACAAAUGGCAGUAUAUUUUCUUUAAGUUGUUUAUAUCAACUAUGAUUCAAAUAUAUAACACUAUUAGUGUCAAUUUGCAGAACAUUAUUUCAAAAUCGUGCUUGUAUUUUCAUUCCAUUUCUAAAAACUAUAUAAACUCACGUUUUCAGCAUAAUUCUUUUGCUGACAAUGUUUGGUCUAAUAGUUGCCAAAUAAUUUGUUGUAUAAAAGUUACAUAUUAUACUUCUAUCCAAUUAUUCAAGUCCUUUUUGAAACAAAUAGCAAACAUUUUUUUCUCUUCUGCAAAAAUCAAUUCAAGCAAAAAAAAUGCAGUACAUAAUCUUUUUGUAUCAAAAUAUUUUAAUCAAGCUCUUCUUGGUUUGGUAAUCUUACUGUUUGUGGCCUUCAUUGCACAUUUUAUAUUUUUAGGUUAUAAUCACAAUAGCUUACCUGAUCUUACAGAAAAUGGUGUUUCAAAUGCAAUUCCUUUUUUUUUGGAUGAAAAGGAACAUAUACCAGCUUGGCGUGUCAUAGCAUCGAAUUCUAAGAUAAACUUAUCAGAAAAUAAAUUUUCUCUAAAUACUCCUGUUUUUUUAAUUCUUCAUUCAGGUAGAAGUCAACAGUUUAAUAAACUAUUAGAACUUUUUCAAGUGCUUUUUUCUUUGGGUUAUAAUCUUAUAAUACCAAAGCAUCAACUGUACCGGAAUGAAGUGUCAUAUGCAUGGAAAAGUAUUAAAAAAAGUUAUCCUAGUUCAACUGCUUAUCUUUGGGGAGAAAAUUUAGAUUCUAGUAUUUUAUCUGUGUAUGCACAAGACUUUUGUUCUGACUCAUUGCCUAUGUCUGGUAUUGUCGUAAGUGCUGAAGAUGUAAUUUCUAAGAAUGAAAAGUUGAAAAUUUGGUCUUGUAAUUGUACUCUUGUGAAUUCAGAUGGAAUUUAUCAUAAAUUCAACAGUGUGUUUUGCCCAUUGAAAUGGAAGCCUCGCGAAUCUUUCUAUGAAAGUGUAAUUUUUUGUCUACAGGCACUCCAUUUAUAAUAAAAUUUUACGAUCUAGAUUUUUUUAAUUUCAAAUAGCCAUUUUGUGUUUAUUUAACAUAUAUUUAUAAAUAAAUUCCUAUUAAUUCAUUUUUAUGCAUUUUUACUCUCUGUUUGUUUUUGUCUGUAGUGAUAACUAGCAACAAUCUGUAAAAUUUAUAGUUAACCUCAUCUGACAGGAGCAAAAAAAAUCUUUUUGUAUAAGAGGAUUAUAUUAACUUUAUGACAUUUACAUGUGUUUCUUUUA